AUGGCCUCCCUCCUCUGCCUUCUCCUCGCCGCCGCCGCCGCCACGUCGCUAGGCCGCCUGGUUCCCUACGAUCUGCUGUAUGCCGACGGGGUGCGGGCGUACUUCGCUCGGGACUAUGAGCGGGCGGCCGAACUGAUGCAGCGGGCCCUGCACAGCUACGCGGGGCUCCGGGCUGCCCGCCGGGACUGCCGCGCUGCCUGCGGGCGAGAGGCGUCUUUCCUGGGCGAGCUGCCGGCGGGCGGGCUCUGGGAAGCUGCCCUCUUCGGCCCGGUGCUGCAGCGCGCCGACUGCCUGCAGCACUGCCUGGGGCAGCGCCUGGGCUCGCCGCCCUCCGCGCACCGCGCCAGCCGCGCCAACCGCCGCGACUUCCAGCGGAGGGAGCCCUACAACUACCUACAAGUGGCCUUCUUCCAGCUGAAGAAGCUGGAUCAGGCCGUGUCUGCUGCUCACACCUUCUUCGUCGCUAACCCUCAGCACCUCCAAAUGCAGGACGACAUCAAAAAGUACCAGCGCAUGGCAGGGGUGAAGUCGGACAGCUUCCGUGACCUGGAGCCUACACCACACUGGGAAGCCUAUGAGGCUGGUCUGCAGCACUCCAAUGCAGAUGAGUACCUGCAGGCUGUGGUCAGGCUGGAGGAGUCCCUCAAAGGUGCGCUCUCAGCACUGGAAGAGUGUCGUGCCCUGUGCGAAGGGCCUUGGGAGGAUGAGGAUGACGAGGAGGAGAUGCAACCUGGCCUGUAUGAAGCCAUUUCAGCCCAUUACGUUCAGGUUUUGAAGUGCAGACAGCAGUGCGUCCUUGAAAUCGCCACAAAGCCAGGGCGGAUCUCUGCCACGGAAGAUUUCAUACCCUCCCACCUCGAUCUGCUGCACUUUGCUUAUGAUCAAGUUGGGAACCAGGCACUAGCUGCUGAAUGUGUUGCUUCCUACCUGGUCUUCUACCCCAUGGAUGAGCCAAUGCUGAAGAAGAUGAAACAAUACCGUGCAGAGCUGGGAAAGGACACACCUGUCACAGCCAGAGAGGUUAUUCAACAUUAUGUGCAGAGAUCUUUGAUGGAGAAGAAGUUGAUUUACUAUGCAGUGGAGCAUCUAGGAGGAACUUUUAAUGACCCUGACCUUUGGACUCCAGAUGAACUGAUUCCUGAAAAGCUAAAGGAUAAACACAGAGAGGAUCAGGAGAAGCAAAAGCAGAAAACACUGGAUGUGGAAGAGAGAGUGAAGAGAGGUUCUGUGCCUUUUGAGGGUGUUGCUGUCACGCUGGAUUCGCAGCAGAUGAACGGAACGCACAGGGUUGUAUUCGACGGAGUGCUGACAAAGGCUGAGUGUAAGGACCUGCUCCGGCUGACGAGGGCAGCAGGAGAGGCAGGAGAUGGCAUCAGGGCAAGACGGUCACCUCACACCCCGCACGAGAGAUUUGAAGGCUUAACUGUUGGGAAGGCCAUGCAGCUGGCCCAGAGUGGGGAUGUGGACUGGAGAGAUGCCAAAUUGCUUCUGCAGGCCAGUGAGAAGUCGGGGAAAAUCAUCGAGUCCUAUUUCAGCCCUGCAAGGAAGCUGCACGUCUCCUUCACACACCUGGUGUGCCGCACAGCUGUGGAUGAGGAGCAGGAAGGUCGCAUGGAUCUUAGUCAUCCUGUCCAUGCUGACAAUUGUCUGUUGGAUCCUGAGGGGCAGGAGUGCUGGAGAGAACCACCUGCCUACGUGUACAGGGACUACAGUGGCAUUCUCUACCUCAAUGAUGACUUCCAAGGUGGGGGCCUCUUCUUCACUGAAAUGGACACUGUGACUGUCACAGCUGAGGUGCAUCCCAAGUGUGGGAGGCUGGUGGCCUUCAGCUCUGGCAAGGAGAACCCUCACGGCGUGUGGGCGGUGAGGCGUGGGAGGCGCUGUGCUGUGGCUCUCUGGUACACACACUCCCGGCAGCACGCUGAGCAGGAACAGCUGAAGGCAGAGGAGCUGAUAGAGCAGAGGGAUGUGAAUCAGGACAAGGCUGAUGGAGAAGAAUGUCAGAGGACUGAUGGCAGUAGCAGAUCCUGCUCAAAUCCUCCUCCUAUUGCCAACAGUGGAGCCAGGUCAGCAAGAUGGAGACACAAGCCUGGCUCAGAAAGGACACAGCAGCCCAAGAAACUGCGGACCAGAGAUGAGUUCUGA